GAGACGUCACCGUACUACUUUCACACAAGAACAGUUAGCUGAACUCGACUCUGCUUUCCAGAAAAGCCAUUAUCCCGACAUUUACGUCCGCGAGGAGUUGGCUCGAAUCACAAAGUUGAACGAGGCUAGGAUACAGGUUGGUGACGAUCUUCUUGCUAGCACUGAUAGAAUCUAA